AUGUUGCCUAAAAAAAAAGGCUCUAAAUCCGUGUAUAUUUAUGCAAUUGUAGCAACAUUAGUCCUUGUAUCAUUAUAUAUAAUAUCACCUUUUGAUAUAGAAUCUAGUUUUUCAUCUUAUGACUAUACGUUAUCAUCACCAGUUAAACCAAAAAUUCAAGAAAAGAGUGAAUGGUUAACUAAUUUUGUUGAUCCUUUAAUUGGUAUUCGAGAUGGAAACGUGUUUCCUGGUCCUUGUUUACCAUUUGGUGUAGUAAAAGUUGGAAUUGAUACUCACGAUGCUGGGUAUACCGUGGAUGGUCCUAUUUCAGGAAUAAGUCAUGUAGAUCAACCUAAAUAUGGUGCAAUCAGUCAAUAUCCAUUUGUUUCUUCCUUGGAUUCAUUCGAUUUGAAAAAUUACUCUUCACUUCGUUCAUUAGAGUCUUUUGAAGUUGGUUUCGCCAGGAUCGGAUUAAAGCGUUAUGGUCUUGUUGUUGAGUUAACAGCGAGUAGGAGGGCAGCAUUGCAUAAAUAUAUUUUUCCUCCAUUAAUUAACGAAUCUCAUGUAAUGAUUGAUUUAUCUCACAUAAAUGCCCGUGGUAAAUAUGUUGCUGGUGCAAUUUCUGUAACUUCAAAUGAGAUGAAAGGUUUUGGUCGUUAUAAAGAUUGGAAGUACGGUUCGGUCCCUGAAUAUUCCGUGUAUUUUUGCUCUCAAUUUGACAAAAAUGCUUCAGAGCACUAUACAUUUUGGAAUGGAGUAAUUACAUCAAAUUCUAGUUUUGAAUCUGGUAGACUCUAUCCUAUUGGUGCUAUUAUGGCAUUUGAUACUACAAAGGGUUCUGUAAUCAAAUCUCGAGUCGGUAUAUCAUUUAUUUCUACGGAUCAAGCAUGUAAAAAUGCACAAGAGGAGAUACCAAAUUGGGAUUUUGAUUUAACAAGAGAAAAGGCUGUUGAAGCUUGGGAAGUUGAACUUGAGAAAAUUCAAGUCGCCGGUGGAACUGAGGAUUUGAAAAAGAUAUUUUACUCGAACUUGUACAGGACUAUGAUUAUUCCAAGUGAUCGUACGGGAGAAAAUCCAAAUUGGAUAUCUUUUGAUAAAAAUGGUAGAAUUAUACCCAACUAUGACGAUUUUUUCACAUUAGUAAAUUUCACCUUGAAUAAGAUGCCUCGAAGCACCUUCAGGACUACAGUUCCGCUAUUCACGCUGUUCCAACAACGACGGAUUGUCGAUAUUACACGUUCACUUAUUGACAUAUAUCGUUAUACAGGAUAUAUGCCUGACGGACGCUGUGGUAUGGCCAAUGAAGUUACGCAAGGUGGCACCCAUUCUGAUAUGGUUUUGGCUGAAAUAUUUUUAAAGGAAAUUGGCAAGGAUAUUAUUGAUUGGGAAUCUGGAUAUAAAGCUUUGGCGAAAGACGCUGAGGCAGAUCCAUUUGGGUAUGGUCAAAUGGAAGGAAGAUUGAACCUUAGACAUUAUCUUUAUCACGGAUAUAUACCUUCCGGCAGUUCAGUUGACUCAUGUAGUAGAACAUUAGAAUAUUCAGCAAAUGAUUAUGCAAUAUCAUUAGUUGCUAAAGGUUUAGGCAAAACCGAGGAUCAUAUUAAAUAUAAAACUCGUGCAAAUAGUUGGCAGAAUUUAUGGUGUCCUAAUAAAACUGAAAAUGGUAUCACUGGGUUUAUCAUACCUAAACGUAUUGAUGGGUCAUUCGACCUUUCUGUAGACGUAUUUCGUGAAGGAUUUGCAUACCUUAAAGGAACUCCAUGGGAGUAUAGUUUUGACGUUCCACAUGCACCAAAUUUAACACCUAGAAAUAUAUACAUUCGAAGUGUAAAGCUUAAUGGUAAAGAUUGGAAAAUGAGUUGGUUUAGACAUAAAGAUAUUGAAAAUGGUGGAAUACUUGAAUUUGAAAUGGGAAAUGAACCAAGUAAGAAAUGGCCCGCCGGUUGGAAUGGUGACAGUGAAGACGGAAAAUUUGUACCUCCAGCUAGUUUUGAUGAUGAUUGA